AUGGUAGAAAUAUACGAGCGCCCUGGGCCCCCAGCCCCUCCAGCUGAGGACGAAGACUGGCCCCAUGGAGACGGCAUUCCCGAUGACGAUGUCAAAUCCGCCAUAGCCGCCAUCACGCACGCCAGACAGUUCUGGGAUAAGUAUGAAGACCCCACUAGCAGGAAAGCCAACCAGAGAGAGAAAUUCUAUACCUCACUUGACGGUCACAUCGCGCGACUGGAGGAUGUCUGGGAAGCGGUAGCUUCAUACAACGCGGGAAAUUUCUCUUACACGUCGCGAGGCACAACAAUGGACACCACCCCGCGGAAUACCGAACUCCUUAGCUUGUGGGAACGGCUAAUCACCACCCAAGAGGCGCAAGACGACGAAGUCGACAUCAUCGGUUAUCUGACCAAAAAGCACGGCAAGAAAGAGAAGGCAUCGGAUGGACCAGACGUUCGGAAGCCGGUGUAUGUCUCCUGGUCAAAGGAACAGAAGCCGCUAUAUCGGACGUACACGGGGAUGCUAGUUCGCCAGCCAGACAUAGUAUGGCUGCCGAACGCGACAGUCUUUGCAGCUGAGAAGGAAGCCGAGAAUCGAUGGCGCGAUGUCAGGGAUCGGGUCGACGCCAAUGAGCUUUGGGCAGUUAAGCUGGCGUCUUUACGGAAGCUUACCCCCAAAGCAAACAGCGCUACAAUCGCAUACGCAGCGGUAUAUUUGGAAUACUACCGAGAGCAUGAGCCUAAUCUGAAGACCAUGCGUGACUGCGAAGUUGACAAGUUCAUAGUCCAGUUCUUGGAUGCAAGAGUACUGCGACCGGAAGCUGGUACGGACGAUGAUUUGAAGCUCAAGCCAUACAAGUCUCCUAGGGAUGUCGGUAUCUUUGCGUCCAACUAG